AUGCAUCUGGGCAAACAGUGGAACGUCUUCUUUUGCGAUGUUCAAUAUUAUCCUUCUGGCAACACUCCUAGUGUCUACUGGCGCGAACACGCCUGGGCUCUCGAAGAUUGUGUGUGCCGGGUCUUCCAGAACGGCUGUCUUCUGAGCGAGGAGAGCGAUCGGCGGGAAAAGGCUGGAAAAGCCCCUGUGGUUCCGGUCACCGAGCAGGUGUGCCAGAAGUUCAUCAAGCGCAAGUGCUUCCUUGGAUGGCCUGUGCUGGCCAAGUUCCCGAUUCCCUCGCCAUGCGGAUGCAAUGGCAAACAGGGCAGUCUGGAAAUCAAGAAGUUUUUGAAUCUGUGCGAACUGCAAAAGUACGCAGCUGAAUGCAACAAACCCUACAUCAGCUACUCGAAGUGUUAAAAGAUGACUUGCAAUCGAUGAUGACUACCUCUUGUUAAAAUAACGAAUAAACAUUUUAAAGCAG